AAUUGCAUGAAACUCUAAAACCCAUUUUGUCAAUCCCGUUUUCUCGUUUAGACUAUUCUAUGUACAUGAAGAUGUUGCAGGUUUGCAUGGACGCAAAGGCUGAAAGAUGCGGUCGUUUGAUUCAUAACCAACUAAUAACAAGUGGGUUUGAUUCAAAUGUACACUUAAAUACAAAACUGAUAAUAUUCUAUUCGAAAUUUGGCCACAUGAACACAGCUCGUAACUUGUUCGAUAAAAUGCGUGACAGAAAUUUAGUGUCCUGGACUGCUAUGAUUUCUGGGUUUACACAAAAUGGGUAUUAUGAAAAUGCUUUGAUGAUGUUUUCGGCAAUGCGUGGGGUGGGUGUCAAGGCCAACCAGUUUACCUAUGCGAGUGUGUUGAAGGCGUGUACUAGUAUGAGGUGUUUGGAGGUGGGGAUGCAAGUACAUGGCUGCAUACAGAGUACGUUUGUGCACAAUUUGUUUGUGCAGAGUGCAUUGGUUGACUUGCACUCAAAAUGUGGGGAAAUGGAAGACGCUUGCAAGUGCUUCGAAAUGAUGGCAGAGAGGGAUAUAGUUUCUUGGAAUGCAAUGAUAGGUGGAUAUGCUGUUCAGGGGUUUGCCGAUGAGUCAUUUCAAAUGUUUCGUUCAGUGAUGAGAGAAGGACUGAUUCCUGAUGGCUUCACCUUGGGAAGCGUCUUGAGAGCCUGUGCUACUCAUAGUAGUCUCAUGAAGAUCAACCAGACACAUGGGUUAAUUAUCCAUUUGGGUUUUGGAUCACAAAAUGCUUUGAUUGGAUCAUUGAUUGGUGCUUAUGCAAUAUGUGGAAGAGUAGGAAGUGCUUAUCACUUAUACAAGAGUUUGCCAACUAAAGAUAUUAUAUCUUGUACUUCACUGAUAGUUGGAUUUGCACAUGAAGCUAACCAUAGCGGAGAUGCCCUGAGACUCUUCAGGGAAGUAAUUCAAAUGCACAUUGAAAUGGAUGAAGUUAUAUUUUGCUCCAUGCUUAAUAUAUGUGCAAAUAUAUCAUCACUAAGCUUUGGAAGACAAGUCCAUGCUGUUGUUUCAAAAGUUCAAUCCUGUUAUGAUGUGGCCAUGGCCAAUGCCCUUGUUGAUAUGUAUGCAAAAUGUGGAGGAAUUGAAGAUGCGAAGCAUGCUUUUGAUGAGAUGGAGGAGAAAAAUGUGAUUUCAUGGACAUCACUGAUUGCCGGAUAUGGGAAACAUGGCUUUGGACAUAAAGCAUUUGCACUUUAUAAGAAGAUGGAACAUGAAGGGUUAAGGCCGAAUGAUGUUACAUUCUUGACUCUUCUCUUUGCUUGUAGCCAUAGUGGAUUGACUGGCGAAGGAUCAGAAUGCUUUAAUAGUAUGGUAAAAAAGUACAACAUUUUGCCUAAAGCGGAGCAUCUCUCUUGUAUAAUAGAUCUCUUUGCACGUGGAGGCCAGUUAGAAGAAGCCUAUAAUUUGAUAUGUGAGACGAAAAUCAAACCUAAUGCUUCGAUUUGGGGUGCCAUUCUUGGGGCAUCUAGCACCUAUUAUAAUUUAUCAAUUGGGGAAAUAGCAUCCAUUAAUCUUUUCAAAAUGGAUCCCAAGAAUUCAGUUAACUAUGUUGUUUUAGCUAGCUUAUAUGCUGUGUGCGGCCAAUGGAACAAUGCUUCCAAGAUGUGGAAUUUGGUAAAAGAUAGAGGUUUAAAGAAAGAUCCCGGAUACAGUCUUUUACAAGCUACAAAGAAGGAAAUUGCACUUUUGAAGCAUAGUUGAAAGUGGAGAACUAUCUCAUUUUAUUGCCCUUGGGGAGAUAGGGAGAUACUGAAACCUUUACCAUGCAGAACAGAUGCUUCAUAUGUUGAGGCCAUAAA